AUGUUUAGUUGGGUGGUGAAAGUUGUUCCUCAACCCCCAGAGAAGCCUGCAAAGCUAGACGAGGAAUGCAAAGGCAAAGUCAGUCCUGCGAAGCCAAAAGAGGGUGAAGUCUCGGCUGAAAACAGUACUCAGAGUGGUGUAUUGACCUGGAUCUCUCAUGGUUUGAGUACUGCCCUCCCCCACCCUGUAGCAACACCUAAAACAGACAGAGCAGAGAGUGAUACCAAGGUCUGCAACACAUUCCAGAAAAAGACAGGCAUGAUAAACUGGAUUGUGCAGGAGUUAGGCAAAGUGGUUCCACAACUUGAUGACAAGCACAAACAACAGACAGGCUCCCAGGAGGUUACUGAGGUUCCACAAGUGGUGCCAGAGGUAAAGGUGGAGCACACUGAGAUUAAAGAGGUUAAAGAAGUUAAAGAAGUUAAAGAGGACGCUGAGCCUCCACCUCAAGUCCCUGCAGUGGAGGUGGUUGCUAGUGCAGAACCUGAAGGAGACAAGUCCUUAACUCCAAGUGUGAUGGAGUGGAUAAAACAAGGAUUUGAGAAGGUGGUUCCACAGCCAGGACACUCUCCAUCUGUUACAGACACUUCUGAUAAAAAGGAACCUGCUACAGAUCCUGCACCUCAGCCUCCAAAGGCACCUGAACUCCCAGCAGCUGAGGACACAACAGAGAGUGCAAACGUGGUUGGCUGGAUUGUGCAGGGACUCGGUCGCAUUAUGCCACAGCCUGUUCUGAAGCCAAAAGAGGACACUUCAGAUACAGUUCAGAGCAUCUGCAUCCUGCAGGAGAACCUAGUGCUGGAGGAGAACCUGGUGCUGGAGAGGGACAUGGUGCUGGAGGAGGUGGACUCAGACUUGGAGCAGCAGCAGGUGGACCAGGGCUGUUUGCUUGAUGCCGAGCUGGUGAACCAGGCUGAAGCUCAGGUGGAGGAUCAGAUUUGCCCCCUGCUGGAUGUCCUGCACAAUACCACACCUAAUAUCUCAGUGACACAGCAGGAGGAUGCUGAGACACAAACAGAGUGCUGGACUCCUCUAAUAGAGAACAUUAGACGUGAGGCUGAAGAAGCUGCCCUGGUCUCUAUACAAGAGAGGCUGGAGCGUGAGCGUCUGGAAACAGCAAGGAUAGCGGAGGAGUUGGCACGCCAGGCUGCUGAACUGGCAGUGAGACAACUGGAGGAGGAACACACUGUAGUCAGAGUCACAGAGCCAGAACAUCUAUCUGAACCAGACAAUGGAGAGCAACUCUCCAACAUCCAGGAGGAAGAGAACGAAGAUGACCCGGAGUUACAGCUGCUGCGUGAGGAGAAUGAGGAAGACGGCAGGGAGAGUAAUAAUGCUGAAGCAGACAUUAAGAGGUGUCUGGUGGAUGUGUGCCCUGUUGAGGAGCUUGAAACACACAAAACUGAGAUUACAGAGAAGAUCCCGCAAAAGGAGGACUCACCAGAGCCGCUUCCUCCAAAGAAAUCCACUCCUGCAAGUCAACCUGAGUUAGGAUACACCCCAUCACUAGAGUCAGCUGUCCAACCAGAACCCAAUGGAGAAGAUCAUGCAAGAGCAAAGAGCCCUUCACCCAUCGUGUCUCCAGGUGCAACUAUUCGUCCUGAAAUAGCUGCUUCAAGUUCCUCUCCUCCAGCUAUUAUACAGGAAGAUGGGGCCCUUAAAGAGGAAUGUGGAGAGGAAGUCCAUGAUGGAUCCAUUCCUACUGUACCUCAAAUUCUUGAACCCCAGGAGUCGAAUGGUGUCACCCUCACAGUUCCUGUUCCUGCAAUGGCCAGCCAGAGCAAAGCAGUGCACACUGAGAAGGUUCCCAAACCAGACAAACAAGUUGAAGAGGGUGAAAUGGAGAAAGCGGGAGAUCUGACCCCCCAGCAAGGCCUCCUCACUGUGGAGGAAGACAAUUCUGAGCGUCCUCUCUCUUCGGCCAGUCAGACAAGCAUUGUGGUUAAUGAACGUCUGCAGGAGCUGAUCAAGCUGUUUAAAGAACGAACAGAGCGAACUAAAGAGAGGCUGAUUGACCCAGAUGAGUCUGAAGAAGAGAGUCCCUCAGCAACACCUACCAAAAAGGCUGCUGCUCCUCCGCCUCCUCCGCCUCCUCCCCCUGAGGAGCAGAAAGAUGUUCCUGCUGGUGAGGACAGUGAAGAGGAGCAGUUCUUGGAGUUCAUGGGCUACCAAGUCAAAGUGCCCAAGAUGCCCCCCAUGCCUGACUGGCUGAGAGCCAUCAUGGAGUAUCGUUUCCCUUCCAGUUUCGAUCCGUACACUGAUAUGACCUAUGUGGUGUGGUUGUUUUUCGUGAUGUGUGCAUGGAACUAUAACGUUUGGCUGAUCCCGGUGCGCUGGGCAUUCCCAUACCAAACUCCAGAGAACAUCCACCUGUGGCUGCUAGCUGACUACUUAUGUGACACUGUCUACAUCCUGGACAUUGUGGUCUUCCAGCCCAGGCUACAGUUUGUCCGUGGGGGAGAUAUAGUGUGUGAUAAAAAGGAUAUGAGAGAACAGUACAUGAAAACAGAACGAUUUAAGAUGGACAUAAUCAGUCUGUUUCCCCUGGACAUUCUGUACUAUUUCACAGGAGUUAAAUCCAUUCUGCGUUUCCCACGUAUUUUAAAGUAUAUGGCAUUCUUUGAAUUUAACGACCGAAUGGAGUCAGUGAUGAAAAAAGCUUACAUUUACAGAGUGAUCCGGACCAGCCUGUACUUGCUCUACUCGCUGCACUGCAAUGCCUGUCUGUUCUACUGGGGCUCUGAUUAUGAAGGCCUUGGCUCCACUAAAUGGGUCUAUGAUGGCAGAGGCAACAGUUAUAUCCGCUGCUACUACUUUGCUGUAAAAACUCUGAUCACUAUCGGAGGUCUCCCAGAUCCCACGACGGUCUUUGAAAUCGUCUUUCAGCUGGUCAAUUACUUUGUGGGUGUGUUCGCAUUUUCGAUUAUGAUUGGUCAGAUGAGAGAUGUUGUAGGAGCAGCUACUGCAGGUCAGGCAUACUACAGGUCAUGUGUGGACAGCACAGUAAAGUACAUGACUGCCUAUCGCAUCCCACGUGAGGUUCAGAACAGAGUCAAGACCUGGUAUGACUAUACCUGGCAAUCACAAGGCAUGCUGGAUGAACAGGAGUUGCUCAUACAGCUGCCUGAUAAGAUGCGUCUGGACAUCGCCGUGGACGUGAACUACUCCAUUGUCAGCAAAGUGGCUCUCUUCCAAGGUUGUGACAGACAGAUGAUAUUUGACAUGUUGAAGAGAUUGAAGUCUGUAGUCUACCUCCCAGGAGACUAUGUGUGUAAGAAGGGUGAAAUCGGCAGGGAGAUGUACAUCAUCAAAGCUGGAGAAGUGCAGGUGGUUGGAGGUCCUGAUGGUAAAACUGUGUUUGUGACUUUGAGGGCUGGAUCUGUGUUUGGGGAGAUCAGCUUGCUGGCUGUGGGUGGAGGGAACAGACGCACAGCUAAUGUGGUGGCACACGGCUUCGCUAACCUCUUCAUCCUGGAUAAGAAGGACCUCUCUGAGAUCAUGGUGCACUACCCUGAGUCCCAAAAAAUACUACGCAAAAAGGCCAAGAAGAUGCUAACGAAGGACAAGAAGCCUCCGGAGGAGAAAAGUUUAGGAAAGGAACCUGGUCAGGUGAUCCCAGUGCGUCCAGAGACUCCCAAACUGUUUAAGGCUGCCCUGGUGGUGGGCAAAGGAGAAACAUUUGUCAAACUGAAGGAGACCUAUAAAGACACUGGAGCCAUACCAAAGGUGCUUAUCACAGCAGCGUCCACCAUAGCACCGUCUGUACCCCCUCCCUCUCCCAUUCACCGUCGCUCACCCAUCCAGCGCACAGUCACUCAGGAUGACGAUGACCUGGUGGCACAGACCACAGACAGCACAGUGAUCAUCCGCGUAACCCCACACCAACAUGGAGAGGAGAUCCUCAGUGUUGAAAUGGCAGAGGAAGAAGAUGGUAAAGCUGAGAUGACUGAGCAGGAGGAGAAGAAAGAAGAAUAGAAGUUGGAAGAAAUGAUAUGAAGUUAGGACAUGAGGCUGGGAAAUAACCUUUUAUUAUAAUGCUUUUACUAUUAUGGGGAACUAUUCUCCUGAAUCCAAACCAAAUGGGUGUUUGCUAUUUAAUUACAAUUUGUGAUGCUUUUCUGUUUUAAAAUCAUCGCUGACUUUAAAUCACAUGAGUUUCAAAAGAAGGAGGUGUGAGUGCGUGUGAGAGAAUGUGUUAUGGAAUCUGAUUUCUUUUUCCUACAAAACAUACUGCUCUGAUUUCAGGAAUGCUGCUUUGCCUUCUUUUAAACUGCUACUCUAUCUGCCAUUAUAGCACUAGCUGUAAGCAAAUACAGUACACUGACAUACACACACACACACACACAUGAA